AUGACUAAGGCCAAGAUUAUAAAUGUUAUCGAGGGCAGUUGCAAAAUAGCUAUAGCUUCGCCCCCAAAAGAUUUGGAAGAGGAGAUUAUCAGAGAGAUAACUAAACAAAUCUUACAGAAUAGGUAUGGCUUUAGUGAAGAUCAAGUAAAUGCCUUAUUCUUGAUCCAGAAAAAUAGAAGUAGCCACAGUGUAACUAUCUUAGAUAAAAACGUAAAUAUUGUGAUUUCCAACAAACCCUCGAAAGGAAUUGAGGAAGAAACUAUCGGAGAUAUGACGCAACGGAUUUUACGGGAUAAACUUAGUAUUAGAGAUGUAAGAGCUAAAGCUUAUGCCUUAGCCCUAUCAGCAAAAAAUGCUAAUAUUGGCUCAUCACGUCUCACUUGUCUUCGUAGAGAAUUAAGGAACCUUAAUGCAUCACUUGAGAUAAUUGAGGCUACAAAAUUUCCAGAUAUUACAGAAGAUGCCAACAAAAUCCAAAGUGUCAAUCGGAAAAAAGCUAAAACUAAACGUAUCAAUUAUCCAGAUAAAUUUACAUUAGAAUCGGUCAAAGAAAGGUUAGAUGCAUAUGAUUUAAAAACUCUGCCCAAUUAUUGGGCUCUUGCUGAUGUCAUGGUGAUGCUUUGUAUUCAUCCUGCUGAACUUACAACUUUAUGUAUUACAAAUGCCGGAGUAACAGGAUAUGCAAAAAAUCGGGGUCAACCAGAUAUUCCUAGAAAAUUUAGAUCUAUAGAAAAGAAUCAAGAAUAA